UUCGCAAUUAAUUUUCUGUGAAUCAACUAUUAAAUGUUAAUUCAACUUAUAACUACAUAUUUAAUGCAAAAAUAAUCUGUAGAGUAACUAAAACCGUCAGAUAAAUAAGGUAAAAAGUUCAUUUUUCCCUCUUAAAGUGAAGUAGAAAGUUAAGUACAAGUACCUCAAAUUUAUACCUCCAUACAGUACUUGAGUAAUUGUACUUCCACCACUGCAUGUUUAAAAACCUUUUUAAUGAAUGUCUCUGUCUUUGUCUCUCUCUUAGACUCAAGACAGAUGCAGUCGUCUCCAUCUUGGUCGUACGACCAAUCGUAUCCGUACCUCGGCCAGAUAACCACGCCCACCGUCCAUACAGCCAAUCCCCUUUCGCCUGGUCGAUCUUCGCUCAGCGACCUUUCGUCCCGACUCGCAGGUCCCGACCUCACGGCCUUUGGCGACCCCAGGAUGACCUUGGAACGACCUUUCACCUCCCUUCCCUCCUUACCUGACUCCCGUUUCUCCGACCCCCGGGUCCAUUACCCUCCCACAGCGGCUGCCUUCACCUACACCCCCUCACACAACGCCGUCUCCAACGGCGCCCUUGGCAUCACUAUGGCAACAGCCAUGGCAACCACUCCGGCAGGGAGGUACCACACCUACCUGCCUCCUCCUUACCCAGCGAACACCCCCCAUCAGUCUCAGAACGGGCCCUUCCAGUCCUCCUCGUCGCCGUAUCACCUGUACUAUUCCACCACCGCCGGCUCAUACCAGUUCUCCAUGAUGGCCGGCGGAGGAGGCAGCAGUGACUCACGUUCGCCGCCGAGGAUCCUGCCGCCAUGCACCAACGCCUCCACAGGCUCCGCCCUUCUGCACCCGUCUUUGCCAAAUCAGAAUGAAGUGGUGGGCGUGGAGGUGGAGUCCAGCCACAGCAGCUCUCCGACUAACAUGGCAGCUGCCGAAGCCGUGUGGAGACCAUACUGAAUCAACAGAGGCAUGCCAGUCAUGUGACCACAGACAUCACGAGACACAGUAAAACAACCAGAUCCGAAAUAAGAAGAGGCACAAGUUAUGUCAAAGGUCACGUGUUAACAUACAGAUAAUGCUCAUACCAAAAAGCAGUUAAAUCUCAGUUAAACUAGUUCUGCUGUUCUGUAUUUUUUACAUAAAUUCCAUGAAAAGACCCCAAAAAUAAAACUAUUUUA